UUUCUUUCCGUAUGAUUUAGUGAUUAAAUUUAAUAAAAUUACUCAGAACUCAUCAUUUAUUGCUUGCGAUUGGAUCAACGAUGUAAAUUUGUACAAGUCCAAAAUUGGUGAUAAGGAUGGCUGAUUGUUUGGGUACGGGUCGGGGUCUAUGGUCGAGCAAAAAUCCGGGAAAAUGAAAUGAAAAUGGCGUCUAAUUUGCCUCAUAUUUGCGGUUGCGGUACACUGAACUUGAUGCGCAUGCGCUGAACGACGUUUUGAAGUGAAAGAACGAUUAUUCUCUUUACUAUCGACCAAUUCGAUUCCAAACGUUCGUUUCUUAUCACCUGAAAAAUUUGAAAUUUUGGAAAAAUGAUAGCAGAGUGGAGUAACUAAAGAAUCGAAUAAUUGUAAAAGAAUUGAUUAAUAAUUGAAGAAAAAGCUCGAUAAAAAUGGACCACCACUUUUCAAUUUCAUAAUGAACUCUUUCACCAGCUCAAAAAUGUCCACAACUCAAUUCGAUAUCGAACUUCUGCUCUUGGAGAUCGAGGAACUAUUCGAAAGAUUCCGAACAUUGACCCAAGAAUCGAGAGCCAUAAUACUAGCCAAACUGAAGAUAAAACUACUCGAAGAAUUCAAAGAUUUCAUACUUCAAGAAAGUGACAUAAAUCAAGAAAACGUUAUUGAAAUCUCCUACGCAACUAUCAUUGACGACAGUGCUUCCAAAAAUGCCAACAUCAUCGAAUUACCUGUCGAGCUAACCGAAGACCUAGAAAAUUACUGCGAGUCUGCAACCAUUGAUAACCCAGCUCACGAUUUUUUCCCAGCAAUUGAAACUGUCCACCUCGAAUCCGAGAAAGAAAAUGUCAACUCGAUCCAACCAUCUCAACUAAACGAUGUUGUAAUUGUUACUCAUCCAGCCGAACCACUUCAUCAAAACGAUGUUAUUAUCGUCACACCGACCGAACCACUGCAACAGAAUGAUACAUUCGGUGUACAAAAGGCUGUAAAAGAACCGAAACCGAAGACUUGUUUAAUCUGUAACUAUUGUGGGAAGCAAUACGAAAGGAAGAAACUGUUUAAAACACAUUUAAGAAGACACGAGAAUAAUCGAAAAUACGAAUGUGCCAGUUGCUCGCUGCGUUUCAACGUAAAAGAUGAUCUUAUCAAGCAUUUAAAGACUCAUGCUUCGGAAAAGAAUUUCAAAUGUUCGAUAUGCUCCAAGCUAUUCGUCAGCAAUGUUUGGCUCAAGAAUCAUAUGAAAGUGAUCCAUGAAAAAAAUGAAAAAUAUUUCUGUCAAAAGUGCGAUUACUUCACCUUCUCUAAUCACACUUUGAAAGAGCACGUUAGAGUGAAACACGAUAAAUUAUACAGAAAGUACGCCUGUCUUAUAUGUAAGAAUGUUUUCAUCUCCAGAGCUGAGCUUAAAAUACACCUGAGAUCUCAUACAGGAGAAAAACCAUACCAGUGCAAAUUAUGUAACGCAGCUUUCAUUCGAAGCGGUCGUUUGACCAAUCAUUUAAACAACGUUCACGGAGAGAAGAAAUUCCCUUGCGAAAUCUGCGAUAAAUCUUUCAAAACUUCGCACAAGUUGAAACGUCAUUUUUUAAUCCAUACCAGAAUCAAACCAUUCUCGUGUCCUUACUGCACCAAUUACGCGUCCAAUACUCAAGGAAAUUUAAACAAACACGUAAAAGUAGUUCAUCAGAUGAAUGAUUUCUCGUAUUCGAAGUAUAAAAAAAUGAUGCUCGGUCAAGUCGAAGUCGUUCGAGAAGAAUGGAUCAAAAACGCCGAACCAUUUACUCACCAGUACCUGGAAAAUUUAUCAAAUCAAGAUCAAACAUUAACCAUCGAACAACUAAAAGAGCAAUACGUUCAACAAAAAAAAAAAAAAACUGCUGAAAAGAAAACCGACACAUUAAACAUAAUCGAUAAGUUACCAGACGUAAAUGAAAUCUUAAACUGACCUUUCAUUUUGUGAUAUUCUCGAAUAAAAUCUUGAUUUUUAA